AUGUCAUCUAUUAUUCCUAACAGGAAGCCAGACACUCCUGUUUAGCCACUAAUAACAGUGGGAAAUUACAAGUCAACAAUCGAAAUCGAUAGAUUCAAGAGACCUUAAGCUAUUCCAGGACCAUCAUCUUCAAUCUUUGAGAGAAAUAAAUAAGGAAACUAAGAAAUCAAUAUUAAGCCAAUAACAUAAAUUAAGCCUUCACUUGAGUUCUACAACCCUAGGGGCCAUUUAAAACUAUCAUUUCUUGAAUCAGAUAAUAAGGAUGUUGCUUUGAAUAGCUUGCAUUCAACAAAAGUUUAUAAUAGGAAAAUUGCUGCCUUAAAUCUUUAAAAAAGCAGCUUAGUUGAACCAGCAAAUGAGCUAGAUAAAAAUUCUUUCAUAGAUAAAAGAAACCAUAGUAAUAUCCUUUAAAACUACAUGUCAGCAACAGUUGCUUCAACUCAGAGAACUCCUCUGUUAGCUGAAAAUCACAAUUACAUAUCGUAAAAUGAGAAUUAGUACUAUAAAAGUGAGAAAACAUUUUUCAAACCUAACUCGAGCUAGCAUAAAUAUCCUUACAGCACUCCAGAUUUUUUGAGAGUAGAUGAAAAAGGAAUGACAUACAAACCUGGAGAGACUGUAACUGUUGUAAGUAGAAGCAAUGGUUGGCUGACUGUUGAUCCAAAUACAAUGAGCAGGAAAAACGCCUUUGAAAAACAACUAAAGGGUAAUCUUCACAAAACAUCACAUAUGAGUCCAUAGUGGAUGCAGACUGAGGCAAAGCGAGAUGAGGCUUAAUUUCAAUCUUAUAAACCCUAAACAGUCAAAAGACAAAAUAUUAGAUGUGAAAGCAGUCGUCUCUUCUUGUCUGAGAAAUAUGAUAUGCCAAAGAGUGUCUUCAACAUCGGGUAAAUUAGGCACAACUUACUUACUAAAGAGGAAGCUCAAAAGUAACUGUAAAUAUUUAGAAACACCUCUACUGAACCAGUCAGGUUCCUGGAAUGGAAAGAAAACUAACCAAGACAGACAUUCGAUGCAGCUAGAGUUACUGGAAAGAUAGGAUAACAAUGA